ACUCACACACACACACACUGCAGUGAAGCGAUUUCAUAGGGGAGUAGGGCUACUGAACUUGCGCGCGGGAGGGGAAGGCUGCGGGAUCCCACGAGCACCGGUAGAGAGCACUCGGCGCCACACGCGCUGGGUCACCCAGAAAGAGGCAGUAGCACCGCUUUCUCCGUGUGCGCGCGGUAGCUCUGACACAUUGUAAAUGGUCUGUUUCAGGAACAGCUGCGAGACACACAUUCCGGUGCGGCUUUAACGAAUUGGGAAAAAUAAAUAUCCGGUUCUUACCUUUCGUGAAAACGACAGAUUAUCGUCUACCGCGGUGUAGAUACAGUCAGACGUUACAUUUUGAUUUUUGUCUUUGGAAGAGUGCGCUGCGUGCGCGUGUGACUCUCACAAUGGACCUAUGGAUAAAGUUGAUAUUGCUAUGCACUUUCUGUCUGAGAACGAGUGCGGAGUUUGACGGCAGGUGGCCUCGGCAGAUGGCCUCGUCCAAUGGGCUGUGUCGCUACGGCGCCCGAAUCGACUGCUGCUGGGGCUGGACCCGACGGUCCUGGGGUCAGUGCCAACCUCUCUACGCCUUAGCGCACCGAGUAGUGGGGAUAAGGUGCCAGAACCAAGCUCUCUGUCAGCAUGGCUGUAAACACGGAGACUGUAUCGGACCCAACAAGUGCAGGUGCCACCCUGGCUACACUGGCAAGACCUGCAACCAAG